GCAUCACAAAACAUUUGGUUAAUUUGUUAUCUCGUGUUAGUCCAUUUAUUAAAAUACCUGUUAAUCAAAUCGUAAUGGUAGUGAUAGGGCUACCCUGUGGUGAUUACAGUGUGCCUUUAUUGUGAUUUGACACGCUCUAAAUGACAUGAAUACACAUUAAUAACCAUACUAAUAGACAUACAUACUGUAGCUAUUUGAAUAGAGAAUAUAUAGUAUUUACGUGUAUUGUAUAUGUCUGACCGCAUAUAAACGGAUACUAUCUCUUUAAAAGUCACAGAGUGCACUCGGCCUUUUCCGUCUCUAGCCAGCCGGUGGUGUCACUCAACAACCGUGGAGACUUCAAAUCACCCUAACAUACCUCACGCUACUUAAUAGGGUAGGUUUGAAAUUACUAUUAAGUGCUCGAAUAGGACAUUGUAGUUGUGAGGGUUGAAAGGGGAAUUUGUGUAACCCCGCAGCUACACACACACACACACAUACACACUCAGUGUUUUUAGUGCAGAGUAUUUAGAGUCUGAAGGAGCUUGUAGUUGACGUUCGCUAAAUUUAGCUAUUCUGAGGCUAGCUAACACGCUACACUAAGCUAAUGUUACUAGCUAGCGUCAUUUGAUAAGUAAGAACAGCGUUACAGGCUAGUCUCACAUUCUUGUCAGUGCGUAUAUCUAUAAUGUGUAUAUCUACAUAUACGCUCCAUGUAUAUUUUAUAUGAGGCAAAGAUGAAGUACUCUGUUUGGUUCCGAGCUUUCUUCUUUGUUUACAAAUGUAGCCUUAGCAUAGUCUGCAGGCUCCUGCUGGCUAGCUAGCUAAUGUUAGGUAACCUUUUCCUAUUUGUUAGCAAACAGUAACAGUAAGUUACAAAAUCCGGUCCAUUAAAACUGCUGUUUUAUAGUUUCUGCACCAGCCACGAGCUCUCAAAUGUCACUCGUGGUUAGAAAGAACAUCUUAUUUAACUUAAUUUGUCGGUUCACUGUAGUUGUUACUACAUCACAUAGACCAAGAGCACAUGCUUGCUGAUCAUUUUCCCUUUCUGCUCAAGGAUUCGGGUAAAAACAAUCACCUUGCCAUUCCAUAAAGGUGGUCGAAAAUCUUGCCAUCAUCAGCUGUCCUUUUAACAGAUUAUUUUAGAGAAAAGCUGUCAGAGAGUUUGUUUAGCUGUUCUAAUGGUCAGCCAUGGAUGAGGAUGACAGCCAAGAUGAGCUGAUCAACCGCAAUACGUCCCACAGCAAAGGAAAAAGGUCUGCGUUGUGGGCCAUCUCAGAUGACUCAGACGAUGUUGAAGCAGGGUCUGAGGAGGGCGAAUCUGACAGUGGUGAGGAAGAAGAGGAGGAUCACCUAGAUGGAGAGGAGGAGGAGGAGGAGGAUGAUGAUGAUGAGGAGGAAGAAGAAGAAGAAGAAGAAGAGGAGGAGGAUGAUGAGGAAGAGGAGGCAGAUGCUAAGGCUGAGGAUGGAGCUUUUGGGGGAACCUCUGCUGACCUUGCAGGGAUGAGCUCAGAUGAGGAUGCAGAGAAGUGUCCCAUCUGCCUUAACUCAUUCAGCAGCCAGCCUGUUGCAACACCAGAGAGGUGUGAGCACUACUUCUGUCUGGACUGCAUCCUUGAAUGGGCCAAGAAUGCAAACUCGUGUCCUGUAGACCGUAUUUCCUUCAACAACAUAUACCUACGGAAAUGUUAUGGAGGCAAAGUGAAGAAAAUGAUCACAGUACAAAAGCCUGUUAAGGAAGGUCAAGAGGAAACAGUAAAUGUGGACCUGGAGCAGACCAACUGUGAGGUGUGUGGGGGCAGUGACCGUGAGGACCGCCUCUUGCUCUGUGAUGGCUGUGAUGCUGGGUAUCACAUGGAGUGUCUCACGCCACCUCUUGACGCUGUUCCUGUAGAGGAAUGGUUCUGCCCUGAGUGUGAAGCCAACAACCGUCACUCAAGGGGUUCAGCUGAAGAAUUUAGUGAUACAGAGAGCCUACCUUCUACUGCCCGUCCUGCCACCAGUCGCUCUCAGUCCCGUGCUGCAGGUCCCACCAGAGCUAUUGCCCGAACUCAGCAGAGUGAGAGGGUUCGAGCUAAUGUCAACCGACAUCGCAUCACACAGGCACGCACAUCACAGUUGGCUCCAACGUAUCUGAUGCAGUCCACUUGGCUGGAUGAGACUAUUAAUGCUGUGGUGGCUGGGCUUAACACGGCUGUGUAUAUACGGGACUUUGCACCUCGUGUCCCAUCUAGACGCACGCGCAAGAGCGGAAAGCGCAGAAAAGUCAAAAGCAAGAAGACAUCUUCUGCUAAGGGUAAAAACGGUAAAGUAGGAAGUACAGGAGUCAAGAGGAGGAAACGGAGAGGGAGGAAGACUAAAUCCAGAAAAAAGCUGGUGUUGAAAAAGGCAGCCACUCCUCGAAGCCGGAUUGCUAAUAAUCUCAGAAUUGUAAAGGACAAGAAGAGCUCUUCGCUUCCUACAGUAUACCGGCCAUCAGAGCACACGCUAAGCAGCAUGCGUGCUGACAUAGGCGCUGCAUCCCUCUCUAUCUAUGGAGAUCCAUUUGACCUGGAUCCAUUUGUGGAACGUGAGGAGGAUGAGCAGCAGGCCCACGUUACAUCGCUGUUGGAGGCCAAGAGACGAGGGAUCUCUCGCUCUGCCCUUCGCUCUCACCAGCCUGUAGCUCGACCAGUCACAGCAAGCCUUUCCAGGAGGGGUAUGGAUAUCCCCCAAUCAGGAGGUGUUGUGGAAGCAGCUCCUGUGCCUGACCUGCUGGGCAGUAUUCUAUCAGGACAGAGCAUGCUCUUGAUGGACAGCUCUGAUGUUGUUAUUAAUCGAGAUGGUUCCCUUAAAGCUACAAUGCCAACGAUGCCAUCUGCAUUAAAGCCAGGUUGCAGCAAAAACAGUAGCUCAGAAGAUGCCAGCACCCAGAUCAACCUAGGGAUGUCACCCAACCAAGGAGACAGUUCUCUGUCUCUCCACUACAAUGGAGACCUACCAGGAUCCUCCCACCGCUCCAUGAACAGACCUUUCUUGCAGAGCUCAUCUCGCUUACCCUCCUACAUGUCCUCCUCAGCCAACCACAUUCAAUCAUCUCCCCAUUCUGAUUUACCACCCCGAGAUCAUCUGAGUUUGCAGCCACCUCGUCCAAUCAGACCCACCCACACCCCUGGUCACCGGGGAACCAAUGGAGUUAGAGCCCCCAGCCCCUUCUCAUCUAUCCACCCCACCCUAGACUCCAGCUCCAAGAGCAAGGGAAUGGACCCAUCACAGUCCCAAUCUAAAAAAGCACCUACAAAGCCCAUGUGGGUAGACGUGUCGGUGCUUCCUAGGAUACCAAAAAUAAAUAGGGGGAGCAGUGGUAUCACAAAUGAUGGCACUAGUCAAGGUGGCAGCAGUGGCAGUAAUAGAAGCAGUAGUAGUAGGGGAAGUAGUAGUAAUUCUACCACCAGUAGUAAAGGUUACGACAUGCCGGAAACAGGCAUGAACAAUCUUGCUGGGGACAAGGGAAGGCAGCAAAGUGUGGACCAGCAAAAAGGCAAGGCUGAUGGUCAGGCUGAGAGGCACAGGCCUGACGGAGCAGGCUCGUCAUCAGCCUUCUCCAACUCGUUCUCCUCUUCUACCUCCUCCACUGGCUCUCCUGCCAGCCAGCCACGUUAUUCCUCAUCUUCCUCAUCAUCAUCAGCAGUGAGCUUCCGUAUUAACUCCAGUGGGAACUCCUGGCGUUCAAGGCGGCUAAGCGUUGCGUCACCCUCUACUAGUGGAGACAGCAUGCAGGAACACUGGAGAGAAAAGAAAGAUGAAGCAAGAAAGAGACAGCUGCACAGGGAUAAACAGAUGCUCCUGGCGUCACAUACACCGGUCAAUAAGGAACAAGACAGUAAUAAUAUCUAUGAUCCCUUUAAUCCCACUCUGUCAGACUCGAGCAGCUCAGACGAUGAAGCUGAGAACACAAGCCUGGAUGGCAUCUUCCGACACUCCACACAUGAGAGGAAGGCUCCUAGUUUAGGAAACAAGAGGGGUUUAGUGCAAAGCAAACAGGACCUGCUUCAUGUGAAAACUGAAACACAGGAGAUUAAGGUCUCACAGGAAGAACCAAUGGGAUCUAGUGCUCAGGAAACCAUAUCACGGGAGGUCAGAUGCUCAGAGGAAUAUAUCAAGGUUGAAAAAGAAUCAACAUUAGUAGACACUGAGACUGAGAAACAAACAGCAUUACCUAACAUUAAAGUUAAGAAAGAGCCAGGGUUAGAUGAUGCAGGGGAAGCUGAAAGGUUUGGUCACAGCGUAAAAAGUUUAAAUUCAGAGAUUGCAGACACAACAUUACCUGUUCAUCACAGCCUGGAUCUUAAGACUGAGAGAGAGACCCUAGAAGAGGAGAGUGGACAGAGUGUUGGAACUCCCAACAGUCCUCCCCCUUACUGUAAGAAUAAUAAUUCAUCAGCAUCCAGCUCUGCUCCCACCAAGAAAAAACAAAAGGCAGAAACUAAAUCGGAUUCCAAAUCCUGUUCCAAGUCCCCAUUAAGAGAUUUGGGCCAUAAGAAGAAAACCCUCCAACCUUCGAAGGAGCGACACACUAGCAGUUCAGAGACAGACAGGGGCAGGAGAGGAGACAAUCAUGCCUCAGGCCAGGGAGGCCGGCAAAAAGAAAAGGAGAAGGACAGAGAAAGGACUUUCAGGCAGUCAAGGUCCAGAGAGAGGAGGAGGGCACACUCAUCCUCGGAAAACUCUCAGUCCAAUUCCCCCGAUAGGGCUUGCAGAAAGAGAAGGCGGUCCUGGUCACGACAGGACAAAGACAGGAGGCGAUCUAGGUCUGGUUCCAGCUCUAGCAGCAGAGAGCAUUCAAGAAGGAAGAAGCAUAAACGAAGGAGCAAGGAGAGAAAUGAUGUCAGAGAGAGAGACUGUGAGAAAAGACGGGUGUCAAAGGACAAGAGACAUGGUCGGUCUCACUCAAAAUCACUUUCCAGGUCCAGAUCUAGAUCGAAGGACCAUAAACGUGGUUGGUCUUGCUCAAAGUCACGGUCCAGAUCCAGAUCUAGGGAAAGGAGGAAAGACCACACACGACUGCAACAAUUGUCUCUCUCCUCCCGAGACAAGGUGGAGUCACGGUCAAAAGACAAGAGGAGGCGCAGGUCUAGAUCCAGCUCAAGAGAAAGAAGGAAAGAAGAAGGAUCAUCUUCCAAGAGUUCACAGAAAACUUCAGGGUCAUGUGUUUCGUCCUCUAAACACACAAUACAGUCACAGGACAAGAAAAAAGAGAAGGAUAUCACUCGAAGCUCCCUCAAAGAGGAAAAAGUUGCUACAGUGAAUAAACAGACUCCCUUCUGUACUGCUGCCUCUAAAUUUAAAAAGGAAGGUAAAGACCUCAAGGCAGACAGCCAGGCCAUAACAGCAGAAAUUAUGAAAGAGAUGAAGGUUGGAAAAGAAAUUAAGAAAGAAAAACAGCGAUCUCUUGAUAUGUUUGAAGAUUCUCCUAUUACUAAACCAAUUAAGAAAGAAGAGACUGACAUCCAUGCUUUGAUGGUAGUCAAAGGCAUAGAUGAGGAGGUAAACAAUGAAGACCCCAUCAAGACUGAGACUUGUAAAAUCAAGACUGAGACUUGUGAAAUCACCAUAAUUAAAUCCGAGCCAAGUUCCCCAGAAUUAUGCCACUUACCCCCUGUCACCUCAAUAACUACACUGACCACACCUGUUACAGCAGACAGCCACCAGGAAACAGUCUCUCAGUCUCAGCCAGUGCUAAUGGCCUCCGCCGAACAACCAAACACUGUUGGUUUGACUCUGCUUGUAAAGCAGGAAGUACAGCAACCCUCAGACUCUGAUGAUGACUUCAAUGUUGAUGUGAUGCUAGACAACCUGGACUAUGUUAAGUCUGAGCCCACAGAGGGAAGUGGCUUAUCUGUCAAACAAGAAAAGGAAGUAGAAGAGGGGAAGGCUGAAGGAGAGCAGGUGUCGACUGUAGUGGGAGCGAAAUCCAAGACUCAAGUGAAGAGGGUUACCUGGAAUAUACAGGAGCCUGAGGGGCCUCAACCAGAGAAAUCUGCAAGCAAGCUGGCUCUGUAUAAAUUGAAGUUGAAGCAGGAAGGAACUCGCAGACCCUCUUCGACAGUCCAGACGUCCAGUCAGGACAUCACUGGAGCUGUCAGUGACUCCUCCAUUAAGGGUGCUGUUGGUCCUCUCAGUAACUCCUCUAGAUGUGAUGGUGUACAUCCUGAGAGGUUAUCAACCACUGGACAAGGAGAAGCAGAGGAAGGGGAUUUGAGGAAAGACCAGUACCUGAAGAAGCUGCACAUGCAGGAGAGAGCUAUAGAGGAGGUGAAGCUAGCUAUCAAGCCUUUCUACCAGAGGAGAGACAUCAACAAGGAUGAAUACAAAGAGAUUCUACGCAAAGCCGUCCAGAAGGUGUGCCACAGCAAGAGCGGGGAGAUCAACCCUGUAAAGGUGGGCAAUCUGGUCAAGGCAUACGUGGACAAAUACAAACAUGCUAGGAAACACAAGAAAGGGGAGGACUCAGGGAAGGCAGAGGAGUUUCAGACUGAGGCCAUGAAAACCUAUGACAGCCCAUGAGGAGGCGUGAACUACAGGCAAGGACAGCCACACCCACCACAAACACUAAUUUGUGUGUUAUACUAUGAUUUACUUUGUGUCCUACCACUGGGUGUGAUCUCAAACUCUCUGACUUACCCAAUCUAAGCGGUUAACUAAGAUUUGCUCACAGCUUCAAGAUGGAACAUUUUCUAUAAUGUUAAGCUUUCUAUCUUAACUAAAUUUUGUUGAUCACUUGAACAGCACCUGCUGGUGUCUAGUGCUUGGACUGUCACUGCCAAGAACUGCCGUUUUUGUGUAGUACAGCUCAGAAGCUUACCAGGAGGCCUUGAGGUUGCGCCUUAAAGAGGCAAAUCUCAAAGACCCUUCCAUGGAGUGAUAAAUCAGGUAGCUUUCUCCACAGGCAUAUCACUGGGAGAAUGCAGCGUGCUUUGAGUUUUCUAUGGCUUUUUUGUUUUGUGGGAGGGAAGGGGUAUUUAUCAGUGGCAAAACUCAUUUUGUUGGUAAGAAGUGGUAUAAAAGUAUGCAGACUAUGCAUAUUUAAGAAGUUUGUCACAUUAAGGAAAGUUAUGCAAUUUUUGUAGAACAUUUAUCAGUAGAGUAAUUAAACAAUUUUAGAUUGGUUGUAAAUAAUAUAGAUUUGAUAUAUCCACUUAUAUGUUCCUUUCAUCUGUGUUGCCUGUUGCGAAUUACAUAAAUGGUUCUAGUUUAUAGAGUUAAGUGGUUUAUGUUUUGUAUUUGAAAGCCUCUGUUAUCUGUCUUCCACAUCUAAUAUCCAUGUCUAAUGAGCUAAAUCUCAUCCAGCAUACUAAAGGUGAAUUCUGGCUCAGUAGUUUGAAAUGAAUAUAAGAGUCACUCUUCUUAAAUAACAGCGUCUUCUCUUGAGGCAUACUUGUUUUCCUAUGUUCCUAUGUCCUCAGCAUUAUCCUUUUUUCAACCCAUGACUGAAAUGUAGAAAACCAGGUUUUAGAGAACCAGGAGAUAUUUUGUUUUUGUGCCAAAGGACUAAAAAUAAUAAUAAUAAAUAAACCAUUUCCCUGAAUAAGUGAGAUUUCAUUUGUUUUUGGGCAUUCUGUUUUUAAACAAUGGAGACUACAACGCCACAAUACAGUAGAUGAUAUAGAUUUUAUUUUGGAGUGAAAAGGAUUAUAAUGCAGGCUUCAUGUCUCAAUGGCUGAGCUGCAACCCCCAUUAUUUUGCAAAAAUGUUUGCCUACAUUUUGUCACUGUCCAGCCUGGUGCUCUCAUAUCCACAAACAUUACAAAAAGUUGACUUGUGAAAGAUAUGAUAGGCGGUGUCGCUACGUCCUACAUCCUGCCCGAUCGGUACUGCGCAAGUGGAAUUCUCAGCAGAGAUGAGAAGUAAGCAAGAUGAAUUGAAUAGGCCCGGCCUAAACCUUACUCUUGGUGAUAUCCUUUACUACUCUGCAUUGCUUUCUUUAAAAAGAAAUGUUCGUGAAAAACUUGUUCACCAUUUUGUUGUCUAUAGUAGUUUGUUUGCCUACUGUACAGACCGAUCAGGUGUGUGGUUGGACUUACCUUGUACUUUGUUGUCCCGUUUAAUUUGGCUUUCUAAAGCCAAGGACUAGUAGUGGAAGAAUCUAAAAAAACAGGUGCUCAUGUUUAUCUGAAUGUAUCUAACUUUUUUUCUGCAUUUACUUGAUCAAAGAGGCCAGGUGUUUCUAAGAGGAAACAUGAAUGAUAAUAAAUCACUGCUGAUAAAUAGG